AUGGCAGCGGAGCCGUCAUCUCCACCAGUCAAUGAGGCCAAAGAAAGGCCAGGCGCAUCAUGGAAAAAGAAGGAAGAGCAUGUCGUACCCAAAAACCGACUGAGCAUUGUCUUCUUUGGCUUGAUGUGCACGGUAUUCUUGGCAGCUUUAGAUCAAGCUAUCGUAGCCACCGCCUUGCCCACAAUCGUAGCUGAACUUGGAGGGGGCAAGAACUACAGUUGGGUGGGAAGCGCAUACAUGUUGGCGUGCGCCUCUUUGGGCCCGCUAUACGGCAAACUAUCCGACAUUUUAGGCAAGUGCCCUCGAGUGCCAUGGACCGUUGCUUGGGAAUUAAUGGCCGGGAUCCGCAGGCCGCAAACCCGUGCUAUAUGGAUGUAUCCUCGUAUUUUUACACUCUGUGGCGCAGCUCAGAAUAUGACAUGGUUGGUUAUCUCUCGUGCUGUCCAAGGAAUUGGCGGUGGGGGUAUCAUGCAACUCGUACAGAUCACUAUAUCCGACAUUGUUUCAUUGCAAGAGCGAGGCAAGUAUGGUGGCCUCGUUGGCGCCACUUGGGGAAUAUCAAGUGUUAUCGGACCGUUGAUCGGCGGUGUUUUCACCGACCAUGUAUCUUGGAGGUGGUGCUUCUGGAUUAAUUUACCGACUGGCGGAUUGGCUGGGGCACUUCUGUUCUUCUUCUUGAAUUUAAAUCCCCAUCAAGGAAGGCCAUUGCGCGAGCAUAUUCGGGAAUUUGAUUUCGUUGGCCUUUUCGCGAUCAUCAUAGGUGUCAUUUGUCUGCUUAUAGGUCUCAACUCGAGCGAAACGACGUGGCAGAGCGCCAAAACCAUUGCACUCCUUGCUGUGGGAGGCACGUUGCUCAUCAUCGGUGGCAUUAAUGAGAUCUUCACGAAGCGGUCUCCCAUUAUUCCCCCUCGGCUUUUCAAGGCGAACACGUACAACGGGCUUGACAUUAGUUUCUGUCUUCUUGCACGCUCUGCAAUUAUCUAUGACUACUCCAGCUACCUCCCGAUGUAUUACCAAGUUCUUGGAGCAUCAGCAACGAGUUCUGGCGUCAAUUCGGUCAUGGCAAUUGCCUCUGGAAUCGUUGUGAGUCGCACAGGGUCCUACCGGCCUAUCAUGUGGUUCGGAUGGACUGUCAUGACACUUGGUUGUGGCCUCAUGAUCAUGCUGGAUAAUACGGCCACCCCUGCAGAGAAUGAGAUCUACCCCGUUAUCACUGCCCUUGGUAUUGGCUGCUUGUUCCAAACCCCGCUUAUCGCCAUACAGGCAGCCAUGCCUAUCAAGGAUAUGGCCACCAGUACAGGCGCUUUGAUAUUCCUCCGUACCAUUGGGAGUGCUGUAGGCAUCACGAUCGGGGAAGCUGUCAUUUCCAAUGUUCUCCAGCAGAAACUACGGGGCAUCCAAGGCCUCACAAUCGAUACCUCUGCUGCGGCUUUGAAUGAUAGCAUCAGGCAGAUUUCUUCCAUAUCUAACCCAACAGUGCGUAAUGAGGUUAUGCAUGCUUACUCGCGGUCUAUCAGCACAAUUUGGUUGGUCAUCACGCCGCUAUCCGCGUUUGGUCUCUUGCUAGUUCUCUUUAUUCGCAACUACACGCUCGAGCGCACGAUCAUCCGCAGCGGAGAGAAGAAGCUAGGAGAUGCUGAGAAGGGUGCUGAGAUAGCGAAAGUUGCAGAAAACCCACAAGUCAUGGAGUUGAAGACUUUGGAGUACCAAACCUCGCUUGAUGACGCCGCUGAAUCAACAGACUCGGUGCAUGAUAUUAGCAAGCAGAAGACGGAAGCAUAG